GUGGAACGCGCCCACAGGCCAGCUAUGGCUCUCUUCGCCAACACUAGGAUCCACAUCCCCGAAACAAUACCUAGGGACCGUUUCCAGCAGAUUGUCCAUGUGAUUCGGCACAAUGGAGGGGAAAUCGUUCCCCUUCCAAAUGCAACUCAUAUCGUCACCAACACUUUACGAUUCUUCGGCGUUGAGGACGUUCGCCAAGGCGUUUAUAUCGUCAAAGAUAUUUGGGUUGACCGAUGUAUGGUUUUGGGUGAAUUGCUCUCACCAGAACUAUACUCUGUGGAGCCCGGGAAAAUAUUCAGCGGCGUUGUUGCAACUGCUUCUGGGAUGUCUUCGUCCGAUCUUGUCAUUCUUCGCACUGGAAUAUUAUCUCUCGGUGGCACCUGGCGCACAGGCCUGACGAGAGAAGUGACACACCUGUUUGCCACCUCCCCCAACUCCGAAAAAUAUGCUGCUGCGAUGGAGCAUCAACCGAAGACAGGCAUGAAGAUUCUACUCCCCCAUUGGUUCGACGAUGCAGUUCGCAUUGGAUCUGGGCAACUUAGCACUGGGCCAUACGAAUGGCCAGAACCAAAUCUCUUGAAGUCUCCCUUACUUUCAGAGAAGCCAGACCGCAAGAAUCUUCACUUGAGCACUGAACGACAGCAAUACUUCAAAACCGCCAUUUGGCAUCCUGAACACAAUUCCCAUUUCCCCGCCUUAGCUGAGCCAACAGGAGAAGAUAUAUGGAAGCAACGUCGUAUACUUCUCAGUCGCUCGAUUGGACUCGACGAUACCAGACGACGAGUUGUCGAAGAUGCUAUAACCACCGCUGGGGGUCAUAUCGUUCGCAUCUCUGAGGCCCACAAAGGCAAUUAUGACGACAAGGAGUACGAAAAAAUAGGGAAAUGUGAUGUUUAUAUUACGAGAUGGAGGGCCGGUCGCGCUUUUGUCAGGGCCGUAGAAGAAGUCAAAAUCAUUGGAACACUUAAUUGGGUUCUGUUUGUGCAUGCUACACAAACAGUCUCCAGCCCGAUGGAUCAACUCCUUCAUUUUCCCGUCCGCAAAGUUCCCGUUGCCGAAAAUUUCGCCCAACAGCGUAUCACUGUGACAAACUUCGCCGGUGGAACUCGAGAGUAUCUGAAGGCCCUUAUCAAGGUAAUGGGUGCUGAGUAUACCGCAAGCAUGACGGGUACGAACACCAUCUUAAUUGCCGCGCAUAUGGGGGGCAUCAAGACCGAGAAAGCGCUAGCUUGGUCGAUUCCAGUUGUCAAUCACGUCUGGUUGGAGAACUGCUUCACUGAGUGGAGAUUCAUCCACCCUGCCGUCAGCAAGUACAUCGAAUUUCCGCCCCACGUUGACUUUACCCCGAUGUUGGGUGAACGCGGUCUAGCUCUUACUGCAGAAGAGUUGCUCGCCACAGAGGAAGAACAAGAGGAUGGACGAGCUCCAAAUGGAACCGAGGCUAGUGCUAAGGAGGUCGAAGGGAUCCUCAGCGCUGGAGAUAUCGAGGAGGCGGUGGAUAUAGCGGGAAAAUCUAAAACAGCCCGUUUGGUUCCGGCAUCGGUCAGUCCCACAAAGCCUCGGGUGGCUCGCGAAGGGGCAACUUCUAACUCCUCCAAACGCCUGGCCGAUGCUGAUGAUUCUCCUUCGAAGAAGCGGCCGAUGGAUGAGACUGCCCAGCCUCCCACACCCAAACGUCUGAAAACGUAUGGCAAAAGACGGACAUUGUUUUCGGAGGGAGAGGAGAGCGACACAGAUCAGGCCAAGCCAUCUCGAAAAGAACCAAUUUCUCGUGAGAAGAAGGGCUCGUCUUCCAAACGAAAAGCCUUGUCGGACGUUGAGCCAGACGAGUCGUCUUCUGAGUCGCCUCCCCCACGAAAGCGUGCCAGGACGACGACCAAGUCUCGAACAGUUUCUGGUAAAGCUAAUGGGAACACAACCUCAUCCCGCCAGGAAAAAGUUGCUGGACGCUCGGGAAAUCUAAUCCUUUCUGAGCAACGAUCGCAUCAGCAACAGGAAGUGGCCGAAGAGGAGGAAGUGUCUAAUGACCCAGAGGCGACGGGCUCAAAACAUACGCAGAGGAUACGGUCCAGGAAAACUGAAAACUCGGUCCAAACAGCACGGCAGCCUGCCACCAAGGCACAAGCGAAGGGCUCAAAGAGGGAUGCCCCUCCCAGAACAACACGUAGCAGUUUAACAGAGAUUCGAAUGCUAACAACAAUCACUGAAUUGGACAAGGAUAUUAUCAAGAAAUUGACGAAGCUGGGAGUCAAGACAGCUAACUCAGUCGCAGAUUGCACCCAUCUUAUUGCUCCUAGUAUUGUCCGAACGGAGAAAUUUUUGUGUGCAUUAGCUAAUGGGGCUUGGCUACUUUCGACCGAUUGGGCGAAUAAGUCGGCGGCAGCCAACAAACUUUUACCUGAGGAUGAUUACAUCCUAUCGGACAAAGCUAACGAGAAAAAAUGGGGCAUCAAACUGACGAAGUCAAUGGAAAGAGCCAAAACCCGUGAUGGCAAGCUCUUCGACGGGUACACAUUCUUUAUUACGCCGAAGGUCGCCUCUAUAGACCUCCUGAGGACUGUCGUUGAGGCACAAGGCGGCAAGACAAGUACAACGAAACCGACCAUCAGAAUGAUCAACAGUUAUCCGAACCACUAUCUAAUUUCAUGUCCUGAAGACAAAGCGAUCUGGAAGCAAAUCGCCGCGAAACGGAGAAUCUUCACACAAGAAGUGAUAAUUGUUGGCUCACUGCAUCAGAAACUCGACUUUGACAAUCCAGAGCCGAUAUACUCCCUCUAUGUGUUUGAUCGCCAUUGCACAACUGUCUACUAUCACGAUUUCUUGCGCACUCGAAAACCAAAGCCUGCUGUCGAGGGCGCCAUCCUUCCCGCCGUGUCCCAGGCAGUCACUACACCCCACCAUGCAAACCCAUCCGUAUACUCUGCCUUCCAUAGGCCAACAAAUACUCUCUCGUCCAAUUCUGGUGUCGUAGUCGCAGUCAAUGAAAUGGCGGCGCAAACUCCUCCGACCCCACUGCUCAUGCAAACGCCUACGUCCCCUGCACCACCCAACGUGACGAGUACAGGCUUAUCCUUUGACGAAGAAGCGAAGCUUGUCUAUGGUGUCAUCCUGUCGCUGCGAAAUAUGGUCAAGAAGCUUUCUGGACGAGACGAACAGUUUACGAGCUAUCGCACCUCCUCGUAUAAGAUGCACCUCUACGAAACGGUGUCGGGUUAUAAGUUUGUCAUGCUGAGCGAUCCGAAUGCGGACUCGCUUCGCUUCAUCCUGCGACAAAUCUAUGUGGGCCCGUUCCUCGAAUAUGUUGUCAGGAAUCCCCUGGUGGAAAUGGACUCUCGAGAGUACGGAAUUGAUAACGAGUACUUUCGUGCAAGCGUCGAUCGGAUCGUUAGGAGUAGCCACUUUUCCAGUUGA